CGGCUGCACCUUUCCCAGCAAGAACUUCUCUAGGAUCGUGCAUCUGAAGUAGCCUCCUCUGCCUCUCUCUUCCCUCUAUGAUUCUUGGAUCUCCUGCAAUUAUAUAUUAACUAUUCUCCUGCCUGGGGGACUCCACAUCAAGCACAAAUAAUCCUGGGAGAAGUGGUUUCCUCUGGCACAAUGGGAGGAUCUGCUGUGAGCCUGGCGGCUGCGUUGGCUUUCUGCUUGUCAGCUGUUUCUCACGGCCAGCCUCUGUACAUGCUGAUUGCCCCCAACGUCUUGCACGUGGAGACAGAAGAGACGGUCAUUGUGGAAGCUCAUGGCCACCACGGCCCAAUCGAGGCCACAAUCACUGUGCUUGACUUCCCACAGAAGAAGGAGGUCUUGGACUACACUAAAGCAAGCUUGAACCCUGAGAAUGGCAUGAUGAACAUCACUAAAAUAAAGGUGGGGCUGGGGGGAGCUGGCCGCAUCUGGGAGGAAAACUCCAACCUCGGUCUUAAGGGUGCUGUAAUAGCAGCCAACAAGGUGUAA